CUCCUCCCCUUUCUCUCUCGCUCGCCUACCGAGUCCCAAGUCCCGACCCUCUUGCUCCCGUUCCUCUCCUGGCGGCAGCGCCCCGCCGCACCACCCGCGCCUCCGGAUCCUCGUCGAGACCUCGCCGGUGAAGACAAGGCCAAGGCACGCCCGGCCCUUCCUUCCCUCCCCCAUUCCCUUCCCUUCCCUUCCAUUCCCUUCCGUUCAGUAGCUACGCCAGCUUCGUCAAAGACACGCGGAAAACAACAAGACUCGGGGGGUAAAGCGAGAGGGGAGGCGACGCGGACGAGGCCCGAUUCCGAUCCCCGGUCCCCCGAUCCGCGCGUCCGGUUCAAGCAGCAAUGGCAUCAUCUUCGGACCCAUGGGUGAAAGAGUACAAUGAAGCAUCCAGGCUUGCUGAUGACAUCAGUUCCAUGAUUGCCGAUAGAGGGUCUCUUCCGCAAUCAGGCCCAGAAAUUAUGCGGCAUACUUCAGCCAUCCGGAGAAAAAUAACUAUUCUUGGGACUAGACUGGAUAGCUUGGAGUCAUUGCUGGCCCGAAUUCCUCCAAAGUCAAUCACUGACAAGGAGAUGCAUAAGCGCGAAGACAUGCUUUCCAAUUUGAAGUCUAAAGCAAAACAGAUGGCGACAAGUUUCAACAUGUCGAACUUUGCUAACAGGGAGGAUCUUCUCGGACAGAGUAAAAAGGCGGAUGAUAUGAGCAGAGUUGCUGGGUUAGACAACCAAGGAAUUGUUGGCCUUCAGAGACAAGUUAUGAAAGAGCAAGAUGAGGGCCUUGAGAAGCUGGAAGAGACAGUGCUGAGCACAAAGCAUAUUGCAUUAGCAGUCAAUGAAGAACUUACCCUGCACACAAGAUUGAUAGAUGACCUUGAAGAUCAUGUUGAUGUUACAAACUCGCGUCUUCAGCGUGUGCAAAAGAGACUUGCAAUUCUGAACAAGCGCACCAAAGGUGGCUGCUCGUGCAUGUGCCUGCUGUUGUCGGUUGUUGCCAUUGUGAUCCUCGCGGUCAUUGUUUGGCUUCUCGUCAAGUACCUGUAAAUAAAAGAAAGAAGCUGCCAGCUACCCUGCGGCCUUCACCUGGAAUGCCUCUUGUGUGUUAGUCGAUCCAAAUGUGCAGUCUUUGAAAAAUAUAUAUACGGUGGUUUCAGUCUGUUGUUUCCUUUCGUGAGCGUAACCGUUAUGCAAUAUGUACAUUACAUCGAUUGAGGCUCAGUCAUGAUCAUUAAUCUGUGUAUGAGACUGCCACAUCCUAUGUGUGGCGUUUGUCAGUUUGCAAUGAGAAGUGUGGACUCAUUCUGUGUGUGGCUAUAA